GUGCGGGCUGAGCUGUGUGUGUGUACGUGUGUGUGUGUGUAUGUUAACGAGGUCAAGGAGUGACAGACACCCUAUGUGCGUCUCCUCUGUGCUGCUGUCUCUUCACUUGACUCUCAUCAUGUCCCUCUGUUGUUGCUUCUUUUUUAGGGACUAUGGAUCAUCCAAGCGCAAAUCAGGCAUUGACAGCUCGGACCCUAUGGUGCUGGAGCAGUACGUGGUGGUGGCCAACUACGAGAGGCAGGAGAACUCUGAGAUCAGCCUGCAGGCCGGGGAGACGGUGGACGUGAUCGAGAAGAGCGAGAGCGGUUGGUGGUUCGUCAGUACAGCCGAGGAGCAGGGUUGGGUGCCGGCCACAUACCUGGACUCACAGAACGGCACUAGAGAUGACCUGGAACUUAGCACCGUCAGGACAGGAGAAGUUACUAAGAGACGCAAGGCUCAUCUGAAGAGACUGGACCGCAGAUGGACCUUGGGGGGCAUAGUGAACCGCCAGCAGAGUCGAGAAGAGAAGUACAUGACGGUGCAGCCGUACGCCAGCCAGGGGAAGGACGAGAUCGGCUUUGAGAAAGGGGUCACCGUGGAGGUAAUCCAAAAGAACCUGGAGGGCUGGUGGUACAUCAGAGCACCUGGGAAGGAGGGCUGGGCCCCGGCUUCAUACCUGAAGAGAUGAAGGAGGACUUCUCAUCCCGGCAGGAAGAAGACCCUGACAGGCCCUGUGGAGAUCAUCGGCAACAUCAUGGAGAUCAGCAACCUGCUCCAGAAGAAGUCCAGCAGUGAGAAGGAUGUCCAAACGGAUGGAGAUUCCACCAGUCCUGAGCGCCACAUCUCCAAGAGUGAGAUCAGCCUGCCCAUGCCCUAUGCCCCAGGUCCGAGUCCCAGUCCUGGGMUGAGUUCUGGAUCUGGGAUGGGUACCUCCAGUCCUMGCCUGGGCCCUGGUGCUAGUGGUCCUCUACAGGACAGUAAGGGGAAGACGGAACCUGGUUCCCCUGCUGUAGCACGUGUCGCUCCACACAGAGUGUCGAUAGGCUCUCCCAACCUCCGACAAAAACCCCCUCCUAGAAGAGAAACAAAUCUGGGCUUCCAGUUACCCAAGCCACCAGAGCCCCCUACUGUGGAAGCGGAGUACUACACCAUCGCAGAGUUCCAGUCCUGCAUCUCUGAUGGCAUCAGUUUCCGUGGAGGACAAAAAGCUGACGUCAUAGAGAAGAACUCCGGGGGCUGGUGGUAUGUCCAGAUCGGGGAGACGGAGGGUUGGGCCCCCUGCUCSUACAUCGACAAACGCAAGAAGCCCAACCUCAGCCGACGAACCAGCACGCUUACYCGCCCCAAAGUCCCGCCCCCAGCUCCACCCRCCAAAAAGCAAGACUCAGARGAGACGCCMUCACCUUCWCCCAGUCACUCCAUCUCCUCAUCGUCCAAAGCCCCAGAAUCCCCYAGYCGGCCYRCAGUAUAYGAGGAACCRGAAUAUGACRUUCCCGCYGUUGGAUGCGAGGGCGAGUCGGACACAGAUUCCCUGAAGGGAGAGACAAUACAUCGCCCCCUGGAGGUGAAAAUCAACAGUGUGGUCUGUGAGAAGUACCGUAAUUCUCCUCCGGUCUGCAAGACCUCCCCUGUGAUUAUCAGCUAUAGAAGAAGGUCCUUCAGGUCUGUUGAAGAGAUGGUCAAGGAGGAAUGUAUCUAUGAGAACGAUGGCUUCAGGCGCAGUAGUGGUGAUGAAGGGGCUUUGGCCAAAGGCUGCGGCGGUUCCAACUCCCCAAGGAUCUACCACUCCUCRACUGUACCCCGCAAACCCUCAGGGUCUUCACCUCUAGCAGGGGGAAAGCCAUUGAAGAAGAUCGCCUCGGAGCUGAGCCGGAGCCAGUCCCUAGCCAAAGCCGACACCAGCCCCAGGUCGUCCUCAGACGAAUCAGGUAGAGGUUCCAGGAGACCUCCAGGCAUCAGGUCGGUGGAGCAAAGGAUAGGCCAGAGCCCCUCCACCAAGCUCAAGCCCUCAGUGAGGCCUAAACCUCUCCUCACCACCAAGUCAGAGCCACAGUGCUCCGAGAGGAUGGACAUCACUUCCCUGAGACGCCAGUUGAGGCCCACGGGUCAACUCCGGCAUACCGUCCAUGGGCUCAAAGACUCAGAGACGUCCUCUGUCAUCUCGUCGGAGGACUCCCAUUCUUCCCGCAACAGCACCUCAGACCUCUCCUCCAUCUACUCCAAGGGGAGCCGGGGAGAUUCUGAUCUGGAGGGGUUCAACUUAUACCGGACCACAGACGCCUACGACAAGGUCCAGGAGUCAGAGCUGAGCUUUCCAUCUGGGGUGGAGGUGGAGGUCCUGGAGAGGCAGGAGAGCGGCUGGUGGUACAUCCGCUGGCGAGACGAGGAAGGCUGGGCGCCCACAUUCUAUUUGGAGCCCAUCCGCCAAGGGAGGAACGGCGGUGGGUCCGAGUCUGACGGGCAGCGCUCUGGGUCGGGCAGCGGCACUGGGAGCAAGUCCAACAGCCUGGAGAAGAAUGAGCAGCGCGUGCUGGCGCUCAACGACAUCAACCUCCAGGGACUCACCAACCACCACCAGGUACACCACACGCCAGGGGGUCUGAGAUCGAGGAACACGCCCCCCAUCCCCUCCAAGCCUCCGGGGGGCUUCUCCAAGCCGGCUGUGCUGGUUAACGGCGCUGUGAGAAUGAGGAACGGUGGGGUGAGACCGCAGUCCGCCGUCAGACCCCAGUCCGUGUUCGUGUCUGUGCCACAGCCCGCCAUGGACAGUCAACACUACAUGACGAGUUCCCUAAGGCGGAACGAGUCAUUGGCCGCCCACAACCAGUACCGUACGGACCAGUACCGCUCCGGUUCCGCUACCCUCGGCGUGCGCCGUAACUCCUCUUUCAAUGCAGUGCGUGCGCAACCCGUCACAGUCGAGACCCGAUCGAGACCCUCAGAUCGCUCUAUCACCACCAGGGGGUCUUCGGCGGAACGAUUUGGCGCCGGUGGCGGGACGGACGCCUUGAGCAGGGUUGGGGUUGUUGUGCAGCGUAAUGGUAUCCCUAUCUCCACAGUCAGGCCCAAGCCUAUCGAGAAGAGCCAGCUGAUCCAUAACAACCUGGGGAGGGAGGUAUAUGUCUCCAUCGCUGACUACCGGGGGGACGACGAGACCAUGGGCUUCCCUGAGGGCACCUGCCUGGAGGUUCUAGACAGGAACCCCAACGGGUGGUGGUACUGCCAGGUCCAAGAUGCCCUGCACCCCCGCAAGGGCUGGGUCCCCUCCAACUACCUAGAGAGGAAGAAGUAAUGGCCUAAUAAUAAUAACAAUGUCCCCCUUUGAUGAUGUCACUAAGAAUAUUGGUGGUGACAUCACUCCAUAAGAAUGUUACCCCACAAGAGCUACCACAAGCAAUAUGCUCCAAAUAUGUAAACAGAUGAUUGAUUCUGAAAGACUUUAUGUAAAAAAAAAACAUGUUGUUUUAACCUUAAAAUGAGAAAGAGACACUUUUAUUUCUGGUUUACUAAAGUGUACACAUGAAAGACUAAAAGUCCAGAUUGUUGCCUGCGAUAUGGGAUGUAACGAGAGACUGAAAACGGGGUUGGCCACCCGCCGGGGUUAGAAACCCAAAGAUGUUUUUGGAACUUUGGAACGAUGCGAUUUGACACGACACCUUCUAGAAGGGGUUUACAUUAGAAAGAGAAGAUAGCUGGGCAAUGAUGGCAAGCCUUAUACCUGCCCUUGUGACUCUAAUGCCAAAUAGGUGCCUUUCGUAGAUGAUUAACUGAAUGGGGGUUUGAAGAAGUGGACGGAACAUAUCAGUGAUUCAAUGUCAUUACCAAAUGUAUUACUGUGCCAUAGGCCUAUGAGCAUGAAUACCACCAAAAUUAUUUUUGUAACGUUCAAGAGAAUCACUUGAGUAGAAGUGUUUAGGAGCGUUACCGAGCGAAUAGGAUCAAUCUAGAGUGUUGUAGUAUAAUGAAUCAAAUAAGAAAAAACCAAGAGAACGGGAGAGAUAUCAGUGACUCUCAGUGAGUCACAAUUGACUCACUGAAAAUGACUAAUCCUUUGAUUAUCUUUUUUAGACAUUACUGUAUGUUUUGUUCUUUAAUGUCUUUGUGUGUCUUUUUGUCUGUCCUUAGAGAUGUAUUUCUGCUUUCUUGUGUAACACUCCACUGACAGCCCAGAAUUGGAAAGAGUCAAAGUUUCCUCUCUCGGAUAUUCAAUUCUCUGAAGUUUCACUGACGGAAUAUCUAUGUUGAGGUACACGUAAUUAGACGAACUUUGUAGUUUCACCCCAUUUUUGGAGUCCCACUUCUUAUUCUAUGUUUUCAACCAAGCCUACAGUAUCUUGCACACAAAUAAAGCCGAAACCUGUCAAGCUUGAAAUCUAAUCAAAGUAUACUUAUUGGGAAAUAAAUUUCAAUUGAAGGUGCUUUUCAGUAAAAAAAACAAUUACCUACCACCAAGAUAUUACUUUACACAAUAAUUUUUAAUAUUGUCUGUCUGUAUUAGUCCCAGACAAAUAUAUUUGUAUAUAUGCUUUACUGUAUACAGUAUAGCAACCGCAAUUGCAGUUGCACAGGAAAUAAGUACAGGAAAUAUGGCUUAAUAAUGAUCUUUGAAUCCCAGGGAUAUAUUUCCAUAGCCUCGAGCCCACAAUGUGAUCAAACCAAAGAGGAAUAUCAUUUCCUUGGCUAUUUUGUAGCUUUACUAUUGUAACGAAUGCGCUGGGAGUCGGGAAGCAAGUUCAGGGAGUGUGUUUUAAUAAAUAAAUGUAACAUAAUACAAAACACAAACAAC